CCUACCUGAAAGAGCACAAGACGAAAUUCAAACCACUUGUCGUGCUAUUUAAGAUCACUGCCUCGAGAUACUUCUACGAGACCUUAAUACUUUCUAAACUAUCGCUUCGACUUUCUGUGAUUAGCAUAUUUUAUAGUAGUAAUCAUCUCACCUGGAAUCUAUUUUUACUCUUUGUAGUCCUAACAAAGCCAGAAUUUAAAGUAGAGAAGGGCGCCAUAUUUAACGUAACGGCAAUUAUGAUGGCGACCUCACAACCUUUCUCACCUGAAGAAAAUUUAUCUCACCCUUCGCCAAUUUUUUCGCAACAAAUUAAUACAAAGCAGGCCGUAAUCUAUAAUAAGUCAGGCACAAAGUGUAUGAAUAUCGUAAAAGAACCUUCCGGAAUGACACUGUCUCCAACUUCGCCUUCAAGGGAUCCCGGUGAACAUACUCCUUCUCAUAACCCACAAAACGAUCACAUCGAGGAUCCUGAUGUUGUUAAUGGAACUCAUAAUCCACAUACAAAGUCUAAUGUAAUUUACAUGAGCAGUGGUGAAGAGGCAGGGGAUAUUCUAUUGCCGGAGAUAAUCACCACCCAAAUAUCAGAUAUCCACUCCCAUCACAACCAUAAUCACAAAUCUCGUAAAGACGGUAUCUGGAAUACCAAUAACAAUGAAGAGAGGCAACGGAUAAGGGAAUUCUGGCUACAAUUAGGUGAAGAGGAAAGAAGAAGUUUAGUAAAGGUCGAGAAGGAGGCCGUGCUUAAAAAAAUGAAAGAACAACAGAAACAUUCAUGUGGUCGUAGUAUUGCUUACAAGGUUGCUGGGGAAGGCGGUUGA